AUGUCCAGGAAGCAGAGCGUUCGGCCCCGGCCGGGGAAGAAGGCGGAAACGGAGAGGAAGAGAGACGAGCGGGCCGCUCGGCGAGCUCUGGCGAAGGAGCGGAAGAACCGGGCUGGAGAGACGGUGGACGCCGAGGAGUUUGUCAGCUUCACUAACCAGCUGCAAGUCCUGGGGCUCCGGAUGAGGGAAGUUCCGGGAGACGGGAACUGCCUGUUCCGGGCCCUGGGGGACCAGCUGGAGGGCCACUCGCGGAACCAUCUCAAACAUCGCCAGGAGACCGCGGACUACAUGAUCCGGCACCGCAACGACUUCGAGCCGUUCGUGGAAGAUGACGUCCCCUUCGACAAACAUGUGGACAACUUGGCGCAGCCCGGGACGUUCGCCGGAAAUGACGCCAUUGUGGCUUUUGCACGCAGUAAACAAGUGAAUAUCGUCAUUCACCAACUCAACAAUCCGCUGUGGCAGAUCCGAGGUUCAGAUAAGAGCGGCAUCCAGGAGCUGCACAUCGCCUACCGCUACGGGGAGCACUACGACAGCGUGCGCCACGUCAACGACAACGCCGAGACGCCGGCCAACCUGCACACAGAGAUUGUUCUGUUUCAUCUCCCACAGAUGCUUUCCAAAGACGAGUCCAAUCGGAAAGGGAAGCAAAAGUCCAAUCUGGCAGAUGAGCGGCGGGGGGACGCGGUGCAGAAAGUGCGCAAUGCCACCGGCUGUGCGGUAAUAGAGACCAGAGUGAUAAUAGAUCGUGUGGGGGAGGGGGGGGCUACGAAUACUGCAUGGGGCUAA